GAACUGCGGUCACAUGAUUUUCAGCAUACCGCUCUGUGUUGUUGUUGCUCUUUGUGAAAGAUUUUAGCUGCAGACUUUUUACCGAACCGACAGAAAUGGCAGAGAGAGAAGAAAACGAGCGGCUCUUAAGUGAAAACCAUCAUGACAGAGGAAACUCGGGGCGCAUGUCGCCCAUCCUUGACCCGAACCACCUGCUCCACAGAAUCAUUGUGCUGUUUUUCAUGUGUUUUUUGGGUUUCGGCAGCUACUUCUGUUACGACAAUCCGGCUGCUCUUCAGAAGCAAAUCAUCCAGGAUAUGCAAUUAAACACUUCCAAGUUCAUGCAGCUCUAUGCCUGGUACUCGUGGCCUAAUGUAUUCCUCUGUUUCCUGGGAGGCUUUCUAUUAGACAGAGUUUUUGGCAUCAGGUUGGGAACGGUGAUCUUUGCACUGUUUGUGUGUGUUGGACAGGUAAUAUUUGCAUUAGGCGCUUUGGUUGAUCAUUUCUGGUUGAUGGAGUUUGGCCGCUUUGUUUUUGGUAUUGGAGGAGAGUCUUUGGCUGUGGCGCAGAACACAUACGCGGUGAACUGGUUCAAAGGGAAGGAGCUCAACCUGGUGUUUGGCCUGCAGCUCAGCAUGGCUAGAGUGGGCAGUACAGUCAACAUGAACAUUAUGGGCUCGGUGUACGAUCACAUGAAGGCUGUCUUCGGCCAAGCGGGCUACUUCACUCUAGGAUCUGCUCUCAUGAUUGCUGCCACGACGUGUGUCUUAUCGCUGCUCUGCGCUGUGGUGUUGGCCUUCCUGGACAAGCGGGCAGAGAGGAUACUCAACAAGGAGCAGGGGAAGACCGGAGAAGUGAUCAAGCUGAAGGAUGUGAAAGACUUCCCUUUGCAGCUGUGGCUAAUAUUCAUCAUCUGCGUGGGAUAUUACGUCGCCAUCUUCCCCUUUAUCGGCCUGGGACAAGUCUUCUUCAUCGAAAAGUUUAACUUCAGUCCAGUUCAGGCCAGAUUAAUCAACAGCAUUGUUUACAUCAUCUCUGCUCCGGCCUCUCCUGUGUUGGGUUUAAUGGUGGAUAAAACAGGCAAAAACAUAAUUUGGGUUAUGUGUGCCAUCAUCACCACGCUGCUCGCUCACAUGAUGCUGGCUUUCACUUUCUGGAACCCCUGGUUUGCCAUGGUUAUCAUGGGAUUGUCCUACUCGCUGCUGGCCUGUGCUCUCUGGCCAAUGGUGGCCUUCGUAGUGCCGGAACACCAGCUGGGUACAGCCUAUGGAUUUAUGCAGUCCAUCCAGAACCUGGGGCUGGCGCUCAUUUCCAUGGCAGCAGGAGCCAUUCUUGACAGCAAGGGUUACCUCCUCCUCGAGGUCUUCUUCUGCGCUUGCAUUUGCGUGGCUCUGAUAGCAGUGGUGGGGCUCUAUUUUUUGGACUUUGUUCGAGGUGGAGAGCUGAACCUUUCAGCCGCAACCCGGGCCAGACUACAGAAGACCUCAUCUCCGGAGUCAGAGUGAAGGCCGUUCACUCCGCUGGCUCCACCCAGCCUGCUGUGAGCCGUCUCACUGGACAACCUGACCUGUCAAUCACACACCGGUGGGGGUGUUUCUGCAAUACUGCACUGCUGCUGCUCCUCACCACACUGACCAAUGCUGUCUUAUUGCACUUCUAGGCUAACACCACACUGACAGCUAACUAGGGCUGCAACAGAUACUUGCUAAAUUGGAUAAUUAGAAUAUUUAAAAAAAUGGAAAAGCCAUUCAAAUAACCACUUUCACCACUUUGAUGUACUUAUAUGGGGACACAGACAUUUUUUUUAAACAAGCACACAGUUUCCAUCUCUGCAUACCAGACUUAUUGGAGAUUUGGCCCAGGUUGCAAGACUAUUUCUUACAUUUCUAACCUCAGGCGUCAGUAUCAGUUGCAAUCCAAAUAGAACUGAUCCAGGUGCAGUCCAGGAGCUUUCUACUGCUCUGGUUUGUUAGCUGGCAUGUUCUCAGCUGCAUUUAUUACCAAGGAUAAAUGAGAGCGCACCAGCUACCUAUAUUUCCGGAGCAGGAAGAAAUAUAUUCAGGCUGCACCGGGCGAUAAAGCCGACAUGUCCGAGUCUACCUUUAGUAGAAAGCAGUUUUGAACAGCCCAAAAAGUUAUUUUCAUUUUUAAGAUGAUUAAUAAGACGCUGUUUCCUGUGCUGUCCUGCACCGCUCGUCUCCCAUGCUCAGAAACCUGUUUAGGGUUGCCAGAUUGGCCAGGAUCCCUAAGUUAGCAUCUCCACACAACUUGCCAUGAAAAAAAUACGAGCGGCGUUUAUUUUUUACCUUGUGGUAAUUCAGUUUAAUUAAAAAUAAACGAAACGGUAUAGUACGAAUAUUGUACAAACAAUAGUAGGUAGGUACUAUUUGUAUUUUAAAAGUAUUAUUGUUUGCACCAUAAAGUAUAAUAGAGAAAAAAAUGCAACCAAAGCUGUAAAGAAACAAAAAAGGAACGUGCAGGGAAAUCAAACAAAUACCCAGAAAUGCUUGUACAAAUUAAAUAAAAAAAACAGACCAGAAUAAUCACAAAAAAUCACUUGAGCAUUUUAUAUUCUUCUAGAAUAUUCAAACAUUCGAGAAAAUAUUCAAUAGAAUAUUUGAAAGUGAAAAUAUGCAAAUGUUGCAGCCCUACAGCUAGCACUGCUGUAGGAUCUCAAAUCCUCCUAAACAGCCUCCUCUCCUCGUCUUUUGACUCCAGCUGUGAAACGAAAAGGAAAACAGUGGAAAGGUACGUUGGCUGAGGAGUGGACGCUGUAGGUGGAUUUGGCUCAACCCCUCAGGCCCCCCUUGGGCUCACCCAGGGACAGAACUAACCUUUUAGUAGUGCUGAUGUGUUCUGGGUUGGUUGUGGAGAGCUAUGGACGGUGUCCUGUCACUCUCUCAACACAGCCUCAGGGCAGCUGGCCAUCAGCCGCUGGGACUGAACAUACCACUUCUUAUUGCAAGUCAUAUGGGGCCACUUCUUUCCUGUCGACUUUUGCACCGGUGGAUCUUCACUCAUUGGAAAACUGUUAUUCUGCCUUUUACUACAUCCCAGCCUGUGACUUUUCUGUUCAGGGCAUUGUUCACUUGUUCUUCAACACCUAAAACAUUAAGACUGAAGCCCAGGCCCUGUGAGAAAAGCUUUCCUCACUUGUAUUUUAUCCAAAUGCACUUCAGCCCACUGCCUUAGUUCUUGUAUGACUGGAAUUUUUUAUUUGUUUUUUUUUUAUGAGUUAUUAGACUUUGUUUAUCCACAGUGUAAUGUUUUGUGUCUGACUAACAUCUGGCAUUAACAUUUUUAAAACGGGUUUUAUGUAAAUAGUUUAAUUAUAAGAAGUGUAAUGAGGUAAAUAAGUUUUUAUUCAAAUUGUCUCCAAAAUUUUCAAGUAUGAUAUCAAACUUUCUUUACAAGUGUAAGUUGACGAUUAAAUGUAGUUUUUUUUUAACCCUUUA